UUCUUUCUUUAUAAUCUGAGUGCUUCAGAGAUCUGUUCUCAGGCAUCAAAGUCAAACAUACCUUCAUUUCUCUUCUAGCUUGAAAGAUUUCUGGUUAAUCGUUGUACUGUCAGCCAGUCUUGGCCUUAACUCUUCUUAACCAAUUUUCCUUUUCGCAGAAUUCCAUAUUUUUUGCGUUUUUGGUAAACGAAGAAUUUACAAGACAUAAAAAGUUUUAAUUCAAUUUUUCUCUUCCCAAUUCGACCAGCGGUCAGCCGAGAACCAGAGUAUGCUACAUGACAAACCACAUGAAGUGUCCGCAUACUCCUGUCUCGGAUAUCAUCUUCUAGUAAAUGUAAACUGCAUGGAUUGUGGACGGAAAUUUUCAAAUAUCGUGUUUUGUUGCCUAAUCCAUGUUUCCAUUUCAUAAUUGCCCUCCACAGCCAAGAGAACUGCAGUGGUGAAUUCAACAUCUAUAAGCGAGAGGUCAACUUUUGUGACCUUGACAACGUCGAUGUUUUUGCCAACCAGGACGAGUGGAACCCGAACACUCCCGAGUACCUUCACCACUAAUCGCACUCUUGUCGUUAGCACUUCUGGAGGAGUUGAUAAAUCGAGUGUGAACAUUUCGUCUACCCCAAAAAGCACAACAACUACAUUCCUGUUAAGCUCAGACUCAUCACGUAGUCCUUUUCAAUUUUCGAGCGUGGUUCCAAGCUCUGUGUUGAGUCGUAGCUUGACGAAGUUACCAAACACGUCAGUUGUGACAGCGUCUGCAAGUUCUGAAGUUCGCUUGAAUUCCACCGCCCUUUCAAGAUCACAAGAAAGAUCUUCGGCCCUGACAAGUGCUGUUACGCGACUUGGGAAUUCGUCUGUCUCUCCUCAAAGAAGUUUCUCGUCUAACGCGACGCAAGUUAUGCUUUCUACACAAACAGUCUCAUCAACAGUAUUUGUGGCAAAUUCCUCGUUAGAUGUUCCCAGCUUAAGUAGAAGUGUCACCAAUACUUCUUCGUUCGUUCUGCCGAGCAGCAAAUCAAUUUUUCGUUCUGCCACCAUUUUGCUGCCCAACACAAGCAGUUUAGUAGCUGAUUCCAAAACAAGUGUUACAUUUUCUAGCGCUCUCACAUCUGCAGAAAGUAGUGUGAUGAACACGAGCAGUUUAAUUUCCACAGACAUUAGCACAGUCUUGAAGUCAACUUCUCUGCUAACCAGUGCCAUAUUUACGGGAAACAGAACAGUGAUAUCAACUACGGAAGUCAGCCUAACUACGACCACUCCCUUGUUGAACUCAAGUUUGGUUACGUCAACGUUGAAGUCACAAAACUUGACGACUGCUAUCAGCGCAAGUAGCAUCAUCAAGUCGAGCGAAGUGUUGCAAAAUUCAACAGCAGUGUUAAGUACAAUUGCGACUGUUUCUCCUAGCUCCAGUGCCCUUGUUAUGAGUUCUUCAUUUCUUCUGGCAAGUUCAACCUUUGGAAUUAACAGCACCCUAAUAGCCACGAUGAUACCAACCUCAGUCACAGUAACACCAAUCUCCAUCACGGUGGUACCAACAUCUGCUACAGUAAUACCAACCAGCUCACCAGUUCAAAAUGCGUCAAGCUUUACAAGAUCAGCGUCUUCAAGCUCUGUGAGUACACUAGAACUUUCACGGAGCACAAUGCAGACGGAAUUUAGCAUUCCUGUGAAUUCCACACAGAGUACACGCACGCUUUCACGUAGCACGCGUGUCCCGCACUCCAGCAGUAAAGUUUUCAAUGUCUCAAGCAAGAUUCCCAGUUCAGUCCAGCCGAGUGUCACAGUCAUACCCACAUCAAGACCUCAAGUGAACAGGAUCACCAGCAUUCUGAAAACCAGUGGUUUAACAACUGUCACGUCACACAACGCAACUGUAGUGACACUUAGAAGCACCCUAGUGAAAAUGAACUCUUCCACUGCACCAAGUUAUACAACUGUUGGAGCAAGAAUGACUUCUGUUAGAUUUUCGUCACCGCAAAUCAAGAGCACUGCAAGCACACUGAGUAACGCUUCAGCUGUCACGCUCUCAAAGCGAAGCACGGUUGUAGUUACAAAUUCCAUUUUUGUAGGAUCAUCGUUAAGUUCUGAAGGCACGCAAGCCAAUUCCAUGGUUAAUACAAGUUUGUCGAUGACAUCAAAGAGCUCGGUUGUCACUCAAAGGAGUAGUUCAGAUGUGAUUCAGAGUAGCAGAACUGUUUCUCAAAGUACUUCAAUCAACCGCAUUGUCACACCACCUCGUGUCUCCUAUUCGUCAGUCAAAGUCACGCCUUCAUCCUCAGCUGUUUCUACAGUGCGGCCAUCAGAACUUUAUUCUUCGUCUGUAAUAGGUUCAUUAAAGACAAACACUAGUACAGUAUCAACCGUGACAUCAAGAGUGAUGAUAACCGUGACAUCCCUAGCAGCGCCAAGCGUGACUUCUGAUGUGACAUCAAGGGUGAUCAAGAGUCACGCUUCUAGUUCCCAAACAGAGUUGAUUGUCACGACACUCCUCUCCAAAACAUCCUCAGUCACUGUUGUGUCCACCAUUCCACAAUCGAUUUCGCUACUGUUUUCUUCGCUAGGGUCGACAGCGACAUCAAUUUUCAGCGUGAUACAAUCCUCCAAUCAGCUGUCUUUGAAGACAGCGUUACCGUCACGAAGUCUGACCGUGGCUACUCUAGCCUAUGAAUCGGCAAGUUCAAGAACUUCAUCAGCCGCAAGACUACUGACUUCAAGUCCACGGAUCUCAACACCUCUGGAUAAAACAACAAAGAUGACAACAGCAAAAGAGGUCUAUACCUCAAGAGAGACAAGCAAAGCAUUCCCUUCUACAACCCUGGAGACCUCGACCCGUAGAAUAACCUCGAUGACAUACAAAUCGGCAACUUUCUCAUCUCCUUUCUUGGAGAAAUCCACUGUUUUAAGCCGCUUUCCGACGAUCUCAUUAAGUACAAUUUCUUUUUCUUCAAGUAAGUCUGGCGUCAUUCUAAACAGCUCUUAUAGAAGCUAUUCCAGUUUUAGUUCUGUAAAAUUGCCAAGUUUCAUUACAUCCGGGACUUUCAUCAGUACUGCCUCGCUUCCAUUAUCGCGCGUUAGUCUCACCCGUCACGUCACCUUUUCUCGUAUCACCAAAUCACGAAAUCUUCUGUCACGCUCACGAUUCUCCACUUCACUUCUUUCUACUCCAAGAGAACUGCAGUGGUGA